GAGGUGAGGUGAGAUCAUCAGAAGAGGAGUGAGAGCCAGCCACAGUCAGAGAGUGAGGAGAGGGAUAGGAUAGUGAGUGAGAGUGAGAAGGUCGUCAAUGGCGAGGAGGUAAGAACAGUGUGGUGUAGGAUAGAAGAGUGAGCGCCAACAACCCAUCCACCCACCCAGCCAAAUCCCCACCGCAUCGCAUCGCAUCACAUCCAUCCAUCCACCCUAGAUUUUUCUUGUAGGAUUUCUUCUCCGUUCUUCUCUGUUUUUAUCUAUCUUGAUCUUGGGGAAGAAAAAUUGAUGGAGGUGUUGGGGCUCGCCGCCGCCGGCGAGGAGGCUCUGCAGAGAGUGCCCGGCAGCUUCUGAUUCAUCUUCUUUCUCCCUAGAUGUUAUAGGCCAUUCUUUGUUCUUUCCACCUAACGAUUCGUUGAUUCUUUUGUACUAAGCAGCAUUUCUGCAGAGUCCAAAAUCCACAACCACUGAAAAUUCUUUCCUGCAUAUACAGCAGAUACACAAACAUAUUACAUUCUUUUUUCAGUUUCUUUUCUUCUCUCGUUUUCCUUCUUUGGACUGACAAAUUCUUUCCAAGAACGCCAACUUUCCCCUGUUUUUCGGUCCACAUUCAUCCAUCCAUUCAUAUACCACACCUCACUGAAGCUCGAGCUGUAGCCACACACAUAUCAGAGAGAGAUUCGAGAGUGAGUGUGAUCAGCAAAGCAGAGGAGGAAGAAGAGGAGGAGGAGGAGUUACAUUGCACUGCUGAAUCCGCUGGUGACGCCUGUCUCAGGGAUGUUGGCAGGCUGCUCCUCCUUGUCGUCCAGGCAUCAGAUGAGCACGGCGCAGCGACUACCAUGCGGCUUCUCCAAACGGGGCGGCCGCGGCGACUCGGCAGUCCCCGGCGCCGCCCCCCGCGGCGUGCCGGGCGGCGACGGCCGGGGAGGCAACGGCACCUGCUCCUUCCGCGCGCACCCGGCGCCGCCGGUCACCCAGGCCGUGUCCUGGGGCGCCAAGCCGGAGCCCUCCGUCGUCGGCGACGGCGGCGGCUGGGAGAUGCGGAGCAGGGCCGUCAAGCGCGCGCACGAGGAUGAGUCGGCGGCGGAGGAGUACGGCGCCCCCGCCGUCCGCGCCAAGCGGACGCGGAUGGGCGCCGACGGCGACGAGGUAUGGUUCCAUCAAUCCAUUGCAGGGCCGGCGGCCAUGAUGCAAGUGGCCGCCGGGGAGGGGGGAGGGGAGGAGGAGGUGGCGGAGGAGCAGAAGGUGUUUCUUGUGCCGAGUGCUGCGGCCUUCCCACACGGCAUGGCGGCCGCCGCGGGGCCGUCGUCGCUGGCCGCGGCCAAGCAGGAGGAGUUCAGCAAGUCGCCGUCCCACUCGUCGUCCUCGUCGGGCACGGACGGCGGCUCCUCGGCCAUGCUGCCGGUUGAGCCUGCUGGCGUGAGGAGCUUCGUGGUGCCCGAGGCGGAGCGGGAGGCGCUGGAGCUCGUGGGCGCGCUCACCGCGUGCGCCGAGGCCCUCGCCGGCUGCCAGCACGACGCCGCCAACUACUACCUGGCGCGGCUCGGCGAGACGGCCUCGCCGUCCGGGCCCACGCCGCUGCACCGCGUGGCCGCCUGCUUCGCCGAGGCGCUCGCGCUCCGCGCGGCCAACAUGUGGCCGCACGUGUUCGACGUCACCCCGCCGCGCGAGCUCACCGACGCUGCCUUCCACGACGACGACGACGCCCUGGCGCUGCGGGUGCUCAACAGCGUCACCCCGAUCCCGAGGUUCCUCCACUUCACCCUCAACGAGCGUCUCCUCCGCGCCUUCGACGGCCACGACCGCGUCCACAUCAUCGACUUCGACAUCAAGCAAGGCCUCCAGUGGCCGAGCCUCCUGCAGAGCCUGUCAACGCGGACGCCGCAGCCGCCGGCGCACGUGCGGAUCACCGGCGUCGGCUCGUCGAGGCAGGAGCUGCAGGACACCGGCGCGCGCCUCGCACACGUGGCCGCCGGGCUGGGGCUCGCCUUCGAGUUCCACGCCGUGGUGGACCGGCUCGAGGACGUGCGCCUCUGGAUGCUCCACGUCAAGCGCGGCGAGCGCGUUGCCGUGAACUGCAUCCUCGCCGCGCACCGCCUGCUCCGCGACGAGACCGGCGGCGCGCUGUCCGACUUCCUCGGCCUCGUGCGCAGCACGGGCGCCGCCGUCCUGCUCCUCGGCGAGCACGAGGCGGCGGGGCUGAACGCCGGGCGAUGGGAGGCGCGGUUCGCGCGCGCGCUGCAGCACUACGCCGCGGCGUUCGACGCGGUGGGCGCCGCCGGCCUGCCGCCCGCCAGCGCGGCCAGGGCCAAGGCGGAGGAGAUGUUCGCGCGGGAGAUCCGCAACGCGGUGGCGUUCGAGGGCUCCGACAGGUCGGAGCGGCACGAGAGCUUCGCCGGGUGGCGGCGGCGCAUGGAGGACGGCGGGUUCCGGAGCGCCGGCAUCGGCGACCGGGAGGCGAUGCAGGGGCGGAUGAUCGCGAGGAUGUUCGCGCCGGGCAAGUACGGCGUGCACCCGCAGGGCGACGGCGAGGGGCUCACGCUCCGGUGGCUCGACACCCCGCUCUACACCGUGACGGCGUGGACGCCGGCCGGCGACGGCGCAGGAGGCAGCGCGACGGUGUCGGCAUCCACCACAGCAUCACAUUCUCUGCAGAGCUGAACAGGAAGUGAAGAAGAAACAAGAAAGAACUGAACUUUUUCAGUGGUUCUUUUGCUAGUGAGACUCAUUCAUUCGUUAGUUCAUAAUACAAUCUGACCAAAUUCUUUUAUACAUUCAUUCAUUCAUCACCACCAUCAACAAAGAUGUAGUAGCUUUUCUCUUUUGGUUUACAGUGAUAUGAUAGGAGGAAAAAGAUUCAAUUGUUAUUAGCUAGCUAUGUAGUAAUAAUUCUUCAUUCUUUUGGCUGUCGAUCCCUGCAAGAAUCAGCUGCUUGUAGAAGAAGAAGCAGCAGGGACAUUUCACAGCAUUAAUACAUUCUUUUCAGCCAUUAUAUGGAACUUGUAAUCUUUGUUCAGAUUCAGAAAUGAAAUGGAAUCAUCAAUAGACAUCAA